AUGCUAAUUAAUAAGAUCUUACAGUAUGUAAUUUUUUUGUUUAAAAAAUAUAAAAAUAUUCUACCAUAAAUUUGCAGAAGCACUAUAUUAUAUAUAGACUAAAAAUAGUACUUUUUAGACUAUUAGUUGCAAUUAUUUAAUUUUUUUUGUUGUAAUUAAUCACUCAUUCAUGUUUAUUUGGCUUAAAAUUAUAUAUAUCUAAAGAGGUAGAAUUUAAUGUAAUUAAUUAAUGAAGUUAUAAUUUAAUAAAAGCCAUUUUACUUUAAAAAAGUAAUUAUUAAAUUUACUUCAACUUCAAAAAGAAAAAAAUAAUGUCGUAGAAAAUAACAUAUUUUUCUUAUCUAAAAAAUAGACUCUGAAUAAUUCACUUACACAGAUCUAUAAAUUAGUUUAAGGGAAAAUUAAAUUACAGAUUAGAGAAUACUACCUAUGAGUUUUGCUUUAGCUCAGUGUAAAAAUCUCUAAUAUUUAAUACUUGACCUCUUUUAGUUUAUUUGUAUAUAAUAUUUGAAUAUUUAGCAUAUUAAAUCUACUUUUUUAGGAUUGAUAUAUUAAUCGAUUUACUUGCUAAUAGGUUGA